AUGGGUACCAAUAGCAGUAAAUCUCAAAAAAAAUCUUCAACUAAUGGAAAUAAAAAUAAUUUUAGACAUGAAGAUAAUAUAACUAGUAUCGAUGACUCGGAUAGAACAUACUCAACUUUACAACCACAACAAUCAUCACAAUAUCGUGAACAAACCAAUUCAAUGUAUUCUUCUUCAACAGAACCGCCAGUUCGACGACGAAAAACCCAACAAUCAAUAUACACGUUCGAACAACUUAAACAAAAUCAACCAAUACCAUCUGAUUCAAAUAGACCACCGCCAUUACCACCGCAAGAAUUACUAACACCAUCACCAUCAUUACGUAAGCAACCAAAUGUUGAUGACAACACUGCUUCACUAACUUAUACGCCUAAAGAAUAUCCAGUUAGAUUUGGUCCUAAAAUUCCUAAGCCACACUAUCCAUCACAAUCAUCUAAACCAUCAUGUCCUUCAACAUCUUUAGCUAGUUCAGAAGAAUACAAAUUUUCAACAACUACGAAGCAAGAUGAAAAGGGGGGAUCGAACUAUGAAGAAGAAGAUAAUAGACUUGAGUGCAUGAUAUGUUUGGAGAAACGAAACAAAAAAGGAUUUUUACAAAUAACAAACACUUGUAGUCACGAAAAAAUUAUCUGUCGUAAUUGUAUAAGGUCACAUAUAGGAACAAGACUCGAUGAAAAAGGUGACAUCAAUAUAACAUGUCCAGUUACCGGUUGUGCUCAACUCCUUACAUAUGAUAAUGUUAAACGUUUGGUGAGAAAAGAAAUGUUUGAAAGAUUUGACCUUUUGACAGUACGACAAGAAUUAAAUUCGAUGCCUGAUUUUAGAUGGUGUAAAAAUCCUAGUUGUGGAUCUGGACAAAUACAUGCAAACCGUGAAUAUGCACCAAUCGUGACGUGUCAAAUUUGUAAAGCAAGAUCAUGUUAUGUUCAUGAUAUACCAUGGCAUGAAAACAUGUCAUGUGAUGAAUAUGAUAAGUUAAGAAAAAAUGAAGAGGCAGCAACCCUUGAUUAUUUAACAAGAGAAACAAAACCUUGCCCUAAAUGUGGAGUUAGAAUUUCCAAAAAUGGUGGUUGUAAUCAUAUGACUUGUAAAGUUUCAAGCUGUAAAUAUGAAUUUUGUUGGCUAUGUAUGGCAGAUUUUGAUGAAAUUCGUAAACAUGGAAAUGAUAGACAUCAACCUAGUUGUCAACUGUACGCUUAA